GUGCAGGCUCUGGCAACACUGUGGUUUCCUUUCUUGUCUUGCCCAUCUGUGGAUUCUAUAAAAAUAUUUGUUGGCAUUGCCGCUUUUUAUUUAUUUCAAUAGUUUCCUUCAAAAAUCCUGAAUACUAUAGCAAAUUAGAUCUCGAUUUAAAUAAUCCCUAGCUUUUAACAUAUCCCUGUUUUUAACUUGUGUAUAGUUUUAAUAAAAUAAUAAUCCUAAGUGAUCGAAAUGAAGCCGAGUGGUGGUGGUGAUGAUUAUGAAGAACCUGAGCAUUUGCGGAAAAUAUUCAUUGGCGGAUUGGACUACAGAACUAAUGAUACAUCUUUAAAGGAAUUCUAUGAGCAAUGGGGAGAAAUUGUGGAUGUUGUUGUGAUGAAAGAUCCUCAAACCAAAAGAUCAAGAGGUUUUGGUUUUAUUACUUAUUCUAAAGCUCAUAUGGUUGAUGAUGCUCAAAAUAACAGGCCCCAUAAAAUAGAUGGAAGAGUGGUUGAGCCUAAAAGAGCAGUACCAAGGGAAGAAAUCAAUAGACCAGAUGCCAGUGCUACUGUGAAAAAGCUGUUUGUUGGAGGAUUGAAACAAGAUAUUGAAGAAGAAGACUUAAAAGAGUACUUCAGCUCAUACGGCAAUAUUGUUUCUGUUAGUCUAGUAACUGAAAAGGAUACAGGCAAAAAAAGAGGAUUUGGUUUUGUGGAGUUUGAUGAUUAUGAUCCUGUCGAUAGGAUUUGCUUACAACAGAAUCAUAAGGUGAAAGGCAACCGGCUGGAUGUUAAGAAAGCUUUGUCUAAGUCUGAGAUGGGUGGCGGUGGCGGUGGCGGCCGUCGCGGCGGUCGCGGUGGUGGCGGCGGUGGCGGCGGCGGCGGUGGCGGUGGCGGUGGCGGUGGUGGUUGGGGCCGCCAGAAUCAACAAGACUGGGGUAAUAAUGAUGGUGGCUACAAUUCGGGGUAUGGACAAGGUGGUUGGGGCAACCAAAGUCCAUGGGAAUCCAAUAAUCAAGGCAGCUGGGGAAACCAAGGCUACGGGGACCAGGGUGGUUGGGGCCAGCAGUCAGGCAAUUUUGGUGGAGGCUACCAACAAGGCUUCAGCGGGGGACCCAUGCGUGGUAACUACAAUGCUUCGAGGUCGCAACCUUACAAUGCAGGUGGAGGCGGUGGAGGUUAUUCCACAAGUGGAUUUAAUAGCAACGCCGGUGGCACCAAUCAGCGUGGCAGGUUUUAACUCUUCACAAUGUCCUUUUGUCCCAAGUUGCGCUUAGUUGAAGCUAGGCAGGCAGAAGGUAGUUAGAAGGGAGGUAGGCGCUCGGCUAGCUAGUGAGGGACAACUGGACUUAGAGAAGCGGCAUUAGCCAUCAUAUAACCCUUAUUUACACUACAGUCAGGUUGGUCGACUAAGGUACUGUAGGCUAUAGAUUCAUAUCUCUUAUGGUUUUAGUAAGUUAGCACACGAAUCACAGUUUUUACAUUUGAUACGUCACGAUUUUACGCACGGCUCUGUUGUAGCACUUUAAUUCAGUGUUUUAACCACAGUUGACACGUUAAAUUGGAAUUAUAUUAUUAUCAGGUUUCAGAGUUCUUUGUAAAAGCUGUUGAUUACAGGCGAUGUUUACGUUACUAGUCUUUAAGGAAAAGAUAAUUAUAGUUUAUUAUACUAAUUAAGAUUUUAAAUUUCAAAUUUUAUCUUAUAAAUAAUUAUUGUGCAAAUGAUAGCUGUAACAUUCCAAAACUUUUGAGAAGAUUGGCCUGAAUUUUAUUUAAUGAAAAUAAUACGCUAAGCAAUAUGAACACCAAUAUAGCUAUCAAAAUAUAUAUUAAAAUGAAGUUUAAAGUAUAUGAAUGUUAGUUAAGUGUAGCCAUAACUUAAAAUGUUUUUGUUGUAACAAUGAUAAUUUGUUUGUAAAGACCCAUUUGAAAUGGGGUCACUAUUAUUUUUUGCAUAAUUAUAUUUCAUUUAAAUACUUAGAAUUCAGUACAUAAAAAUAUGUAUGUCACUUGAUAAUUUUCAAUAUUAUGGGGUGUUAAAUAAAAUGUUUUAUUUUUAUGCGUUAGUUCUAGUUGGUCAAGGUCUAAUUUGUAAGGUGUGAAGAUAAAGAUAUUUUCUGUUUAUUUACAUGUAUUCUGUGUGUGCUUAUAAUUAAAUAACAACUAUUUUCCAUGGACUGUUCUAUAUGUGGACGAGACGACGCGGUGGAAAAGGCCGUGGUAAGUUGACUGUGUCCAAAUAAAAGCUAUAUACUAA